ACCAAAUCGCAAAAGCACCGUUCCCUCUUCUGUUCUAGAAGAGGCAAGCGAGAGAAGAACACCGCUCGAAGCCAAGCGCCGCCGGCUCCCCACCUCCAUCCCAUGCCUUCCGGGCCCUAGCCGCGCAGAUCCGAGCGCCUAGCCCUCCCCGAUGGCUCCGGACGGCGCCGCGGCCGCUCUCUCGGUGGAGAUGGAGCUGGCUUGGCACCUCCUCACAGUGCUCGUCCGCCUCGGUCGCCCCGUCGCCGCCUCGGACCUCGCCACCGCCGCCUCCGCCGCGGCCCUCACCACCGCCGCCUCCGCCUCCACCUCCGCCGCGGCCCUCUCCGUCUCACCGGACUUAGUCGAGCGGAUGUGUCGUAUCCCUGGGUCUCCACUGCGAAUCUCCGGCGGCGGCGUGGUGACAGCCUCUGAGACGGCCGUCCUGGCGUUUAUGAGGUUUGCGGGGUUGGAUGUCCCGGCCCCAAGGGUGUUGUUGAGACCUCCCGAGGUGAGGAAGUGGUCGGGGGAAGUGACGAUUCGGUAUGAGCGCAAGCGGAAAGUGUCGGAUGUGAGCUGCUUCAGCACGAAGAGGCACCGACUACUAGCGCCGGACUCAGAUUUGAUGGAACACAGCGAGCAGGAGUCGAAUCAGCUGGUUGCACAAACCUGUGCCCCAGCUGCUACUGGAGAGGUACAUUUGGAGGUUAUGCAAGAGUUGCAGGAUAGGCUUCCCACUAUCAGCACAUUUAUCGGUGAACCUUCCUUAGGACUUCCAACUGGGGCUACUCUUGUUCCCAAUGAUGCUAAAAUUACCACGCUUUGUCUUCAACCUGAACUUGCGCAGUCUCUUAAAGGUGAUGAUGGCACAGUUCUCGGGAACAUGGCUUUAACACUGGUUCCAACAAAUCUGUCAGAUUGUUGUUCUGUCAAUCUUCCUCCACUGGAUGCUGAGAAAUCCAAAAACAUCGAUGCAGAAGUUGAUGGUAAAAGUAGUAGGAUUGGUGAAUCUGAACAAGCUGCAUUCCUUAACUGUACAGUAGAGGAUAGUGAUGAUCUACAAAAAGAGUCUGUCCAUCCCACGACCAUUCAUGCUGUUGUAGCUGGGGAAACAGAAAAUCAUGCUGGGGAAAGAGAGAAUCAGGCUGAAGAUCUAAAUCUCGUUUGCAAAAAUCCAGGCAGCCCAAUUAAUUAUAAUACAAAGAGAGAUGAUAGUAUAGAAGCAUUUGAUACUAUUCCAAAUCAAGCAGAUGCUUUACAAUACAACUGCCCAGAUGCUGGGCAUCAUGAGAAUCUCCCAACUUGUGGUCAGGAAAAGAAUCCACUAUGUGCCAAUGCAUGCGCAGAAGUUUGUAAGGAUAAGACAACACAAAUUUUGUUCCAACCUCCUAUGGACACCAAGGCUGCACCUAUAGCAUCUCAAAUGAACAGAAAUAGUGAACCUGAAGCAUUGCCGCAGGAAGCUACAAGGUAUGACUGUAUGGACAUGAGGGACCUGAACAUUAUUGCUGAAAAUAGAGAAAGCAAAUAUCUAAAUAAUGGAAAGCAGCCCUGGAAUGAGGUGGAGGCCAAUGUAUCUAAAAAUGGGCAGGAUAGAAUGGUUGCGAAGCAAAAUGAGAAGACCAAGAAAAAUGCACUGCCCAAAGAAGAUAAGGACCGCUUUGCAGCAAAGGCUCAAAAGAGCCAUGUAGUUCCAAAACAACUUCCUAGCUUCAAGGGUUUUGUCAUAGAAGAGGAGGAAGGGUCUGGAGGUUACGGGACUGUUUAUAGGGCGCUGAGAAAAAAAGAUGGACGAAUAUUCGCUAUAAAAUGUCCUCACCCAAAUGCUCAUCCACACCAUGUUAACAAUGAACUAAAGAUGCUGGAGCGUUUUGGAGGGAAACAUUGUGUGAUUAAAUACGAAUGCUCUUUGAAAAGUGGCGAACUAGAGUGCUUUGUUCUAGAACAUGUUGAGCAUGACAGACCAGAGAUUUUGAAAAAGGAAAUAGCCUUGCUUGAGUUGCAGUGGUAUGGGUACUGUCUGUUCAGAGCUCUUGCAAGCUUACAUAGACAGGGGGUAGUGCAUAGAGAUGUCAAACCUGGAAACUUCCUCUUCUGUCGCAAACUGAAGAAGGGGUAUCUUAUUGACUUCAACCUGGCAAAUGAUCUCCACCAGAAGUUCUUGAAAAACAGUAAAUCUGAGACAAUUUCAUGUGGGAAGGAUACGGCAUCUCAAACAUUAUCAAAAUUUGCCCCAGUAGUUCACGCCAAAGAAGCAGUUGAUGAUUCAAAGCAACCUCUUCCUUUGAAGAGGAAAAGAUCCAGUAAAAACCCAGUGGAUAGUGCACCUAAGAUCGACAAUAAAAGUAAGCAUGGUACCCAAGCUGCUGAUGUAUCUGGUGUAACCUCUGCGAAGGAUCCUACAAGCACAAAAACAUCAUUAGAUAGGUUAAAGCAGCCAAUGCCUUACAAAGGGCGAAAGGAAUUAAUGAACUUCUUGCAUGAGGCAAUGCAAAGUCCCAACAAAAAUACAGUGCCUGCUCCUGCUUCCCAAAGGAAGAGGGUCGCUGCUCCUAUUGGUAGUGUGGAUCGAAAGCUCUUUAUGCUGACUCCAAUGCCCCUGCAUUCUGGUGGUAGUGCUGUUGCUGGUUCUGGCACAUUUAACAACAAAGGACAUGGAAAACAUCGAAGAGAAGGUCCAUGUGUUGGAACUAAAGGAUUCCGGGCUCCAGAGGUUCUCUUUAGGUCUUUCCACCAGGGUUGUAAAGUUGAUGUCUGGUCCGCUGGGGUGACGCUCCUGUACUUGAUAAUUGGCAGAACACCUUUUGGUGGUGAUCCUGAACAGAACAUCAAGGAAAUAGCAAAGCUGAAAGGUAGUGAAGAACUGUGGGAGGUAGCGAAAGUGCACAACUGCGAAUCUUCGUUCCCAUCGGAUCUGUUUGAUUUCAAAUCGUUUCACUCUGUGGAUCUGAGGCAGUGGUGUACAGCCAACACACGCAGGCCAGAGUUCCUCAAGUUGAUACCUGAAUCAUUUUUUGACCUGCUGGAUAAGUGCCUCGCUGUCAACCCCAGGUGCAGGCUCACAUCAGAGGAUGCGCUCAAGCAUGAUUUCUUUUCUCCAUGCCGUGAUAGCUUCAGAAAGCCCAAGAUGCUUAGGAUUUCAGCUGGUUCUGACGCUGCUUCUUCAUCGUCACCCCAGAACAUAGCGCUUACAGCAAAACAAUCAUAGCGCUCGUUGCACCGUACAGACCUGUAUUAACACCUGCAAGCUGAUUGUGACCAGCUAGCUAAUUACAGACUAGAAAAUAGCCUAAAUGUUUCCCCCUUGAUGUAAGUAAACACCAAUACUGAAGAUGUACUGAUCCCUCGUGCUAGGAUUCCUGCAAUAUCCGAGUCUGACUCGUGUACAGCGAGUAUGUGGUGUGUGCGUGUUUUUAACUGUGAACACUUUCUUUCGGAGCAAAUUUUGUUGGUGUACUUGCUUCUGCAAUC